AUGCGAGAUAUUGAUGAGAACGUUGCUUUUGCCUCACUUUACAAUAAUCAAUUCGGAUUAAUAUUUGGACGUUCUGAAAGUAUUAAUUUGGCAGCUUCUACCUCUGUGAUUGAAGGACUUCCUGAUGAACAGAGGACAUCUCCAGUUCGACGCACAUUUCUGCUUGCUGUUCUUUUCGACAUUAUUCUAAGUUUUAUUCUGUGGAUUAUAUAUACUAAACAAACAAAUAAAAAUUAUGAUUUCUCUAAAUCACUUUUCGAUACAGUUAUGUUAUCAGCUUUCCGGUUUAUUCUUAUGGAAAUAACUUAUGGCGUAAUUCAAAGUCGCACUCCAUGGUGGUCCGCUAUUUCUACUGGUUUAACAAGUUUAAUUCUGGUUGUUAAAUGUUUCAUUUUUAAUUUUCAUCAAAGGACUCCAGAUAAUCAGGGUCUAGCGUAUGCUGUUUUAAUCGCAUCAUUAAUCAUUUCAUGGAUUGAAACCACCUUCCUAAUUUAUCGCGUCAUUCCUCAAGAAAAAGCUGCCAAUCGUGUAACAAUGUGUUUAAAAGAGCAGGAUGAAACUCGAAGUUUGUUAAGUUCACGACUUGAGAAUCGUGUUCCUUGGUAUUCUGGUCUUUCUGUACGGUCUAUGAGCAAUGCAGAUUUUUAUACACCACAAGGUUCACUAUUCGGAGAUGAAUCACCUGUAAAAAUUCCGAAAUCGCAUAAUCUUGAAGCUGCUGUAGAUGUAGCUGCUUUGUUACAUCGUACCAAUUCUUUACAAACAGAAAUGUGGAAUUUAUACGAAAAUGAAAUUUGGGGUGAUAAUUCACCUUCUGUCAAUAUCAAGUAUCCACUUCGAUCUGAAGCGUUGCCUAAUUAUCCUGCUAAGGUUUAUCGCCUAGAGGGUUUAUUGUCAGUUUCACCGUUUCAUUUAUUUAAUGAUAUGGUUAUAAAUGUCCAUGAAACGCCUAACUGGAAUACUACUCUGACAUCCGUUGAGUGUAUCCAAGCUUUGGCUUCAGAGAAUAUUGACAUCAUACACAAUAUGGCUAAAGAGGCUGUCGGAGGUUUAAUAUCUGCCAGAGAUUUUGUUCUGUUGAGAUCAUGGGGAAUACAUAACAAUAAUUGUUACUUUAUAUGUUGUACUUCUGUUGAACAUCCUAAAUGUCCACCGAUUCCAAAUUAUGUACGUGCUGAACAAGUAAUUAGUGCGUGUAUAUUCCGACCAAUUCCUGAUUGUCCAAAUCAAUGCAACUUAGUAUGGUUCUUAUGCAAUGAUUUAAAGCUGGGAAUUCCUCAAAGACUUCUAGAUAGAUCAUUGAAUUCUCUUCUACCUUCAAUGAUGGCUGGUUUAAUCGAAAGAUCUAAAUUAAUAGAAAAUACUCCUGUUGAUGACUUUUUUGUUAAUAUUCAACCGCGCCGUGCACAUAGAAAGAAAAAACACAGUAAACGUUCAGCCAAAAAACAUCAUGCUCGUUCAAAGGCCAUAAUAAAGGCGUUGGAUUCAGUACAAGAAAAUGUUAGUCAUUCGUCUGAAGACAGUGGUACUGCUGCUGAUAAUUUACACUCAGAAACUCAAAGGUUAAUUUAG